AUGGCUCCAGCUCCAAUUGAUGCACGUAUCGUCGAUGUCGCAGUCCCUAAUAAGGAUACCCUAGAGCUUCCAGCGCCUGCCCGCGAACGCUUCGAGAAAGCCGGAGUUGAUCUCAGCUCUGGAUAUCCGUAUCGACCAUCUCGUCCUCUCUACCUGGACGAUGUUUAUCAGAUCCGAAAUGAAGACCGACUCCAUGUAGACCCCGGCAGUCGGGCCGAUCCUGAAAAGAAGGCUCUUUUGUCGGCGGCGAAAGAAGUUAUUCCAUUAACUGCUCAUAUCGGCACCGAGAUCGUCGGACUGCAGCUGAAGGAUUUGACAGACCAGCAGAAAGACGAGUUAGGGCUGUUGAUCGCCGAACGCAGCGUCGUCUUCUUCCGAGACCAGGAUCUAUCGCCUCAACAGCAGAAGGAGAUAGGCGAGUAUUACGGUGAAGUGGAGGUUCAUCCCCAAGGCCCCCAAGUCCCCGGCGUGCCAGGCGUGACCGUCCUCUGGCCCGCCCUAUACGCCGAAGAACAAAAGGCAAGUUUCCGUCGGCCAGGCGGCGCAUCUCGCUGGCACAGCGAUCUCGUGCACGAGAAACAACCAGCAGGAGUAACACACUUACACAACGACACCGUGCCCACCGUCGGAGGCGACACGCUGUGGGCAAGUGGCUACGCAGCCUACGAGAAGCUGUCACCUUUGUUCCGGAAAUUGAUCGAUGGCCGAACGGCCAUUUACCGAUCUGCGCAUCCCUACCUCGACCGGAACAAGCCCGACGAGGGACCGAAGUAUGUGGAGCGCGAACAUCCUCUUGUUCGCGUUCAUCCGGUGACGGGGUGGAAGGCGUUGUGGGUGAAUAGGACUAUGACCGAUCGGAUUGUUGGGCUUGAUAAGGCCGAGAGUGAUGUUAUUCUGGGGUAUCUGUAUGAGGUUUAUGAGAAGAACCCUGAUAUCCAGGUGCGGUUUCGGUGGACGCCGAGGACGAGUGCGUUGUGGGAUAAUCGGAUUACUAUUCAUAAUGCUAGUUGGGAUUAUGAGGGUUCUCAGCCCAGACAUGGAACGAGGGUUACUUCGUUGGCGGAGAAGCCUUUCUUUGAUGCUGAUGCGCCUACGAGACGCGAGGCAUUGGGAUUGCUGGGACCACAGGAGAUUGAAGAGUUGGAGAAAUUGACAAGUCUUCUUCAGGUGAAGUGA